AUGAGCGGCUUCGACCAAGGCAGCGUUUACGCGGUGCCCGUGCUGCCCCCCGCCUCGACAACCGGCGGUUCGUUCCGCUCGACGGGAAGCAACACGCAGCAACAGACCAACACAGCGACCAUCAAAGCCCUACAGGACUUUCUGACCGGCUACCGAGAGAACGAGUCGUUCAUCUACCGCGAUCGGCUGAGGGCGAACCUGUUGCGCAAGGAGUACACGCUCGAGGUCGAGGUGUCGCACCUGAUCGGAUGGAACGAGGACCUCGCCGCGAGGUGUAGGACCGAACCAGGCGAAGUCGUACCCCUGGUGAGUGUGACUGGGUCACUUUCGAACAUGUUCAUCACGAGCUUUCGAUACGGCAUGGGUCAUACGCGAGCGACCGCUUCGUCGCAUUCGUACUUCCCCAGGCCGGGACGCGUCUCAUAAACGCGUCGAGCGGCCGAGGCUAACCACGCGCCACUCUGCACUGCUCAGUUCGAAGUCGCUUUGCGCAACCUCGCACGCGCCAUCCUUCAGCCAACCUUGGCGAUGUUAAACCCAGAAGAAAGGGACCGUCGUGCUAAGGAGACACCCGAGAUCCAACUGCAACUCCGAAGUGGCUCGAGGCUGAUGCAGUUCCGAGAACUCGGCGUGAGUCGCCACCGCGCAGUCGCUGGAGCUUGGCAGAUCACUCAUCCAUGCUUGUUGUUCUCAGGCUUCUUCCAUCUCUCGACUCGUACGAUUACCCGGUAUCGUCAUAUCGGCCAGUGUGCUCUCGUCUCGUGCGAUCCGCCUUCACCUAACCUGCAAAUCUUGCCGCCAUGUCGCGCACAUGGAGGUCCAGGGUGGCUUUACGGGGUUCCAGUUGCCCCGAGUGUGUGGAUCGUCAGUUUAUUUCUUACCUUCCUCUCUCGAUGCCGCCGACAAUAAGUAUGCCAGUCACUGACCUCGGCACUUCAUCUUCAUCGCAACAGAAAUCCCGGUCCCGAUGGACCCAAAGAGUGCCCCAUGGACCCGUACGUGAUUGUGCACGACAAGUGCACUUUCGUUGAUCAACAGACAAUCAAGUUGCAAGAGGCUCCCGACAUGGUCCCCGUCGGUGAACUGCCCCGACACGUCCUUCUCAGUGCCGAUCGGUGAGUCAAAAACAAAUCACGUGCGAGUGAGGUCAUCGACGACUGACUUGAGUACCACGAACGUGCAGAUAUUUGACGGGUAAAGUCGUUCCGGGUACUCGCGUCAUUGCAACGGGUAUUUACUCGACUUUCCAAUCCGGCAAAUCCUCCGGCGUAAGCUGCCAUUCCAGCCGCAUGAGAGUACUAUGAGCUCGUCGCUGACCUGUCGUGUUCCAUACCUACAGCGCAACAAUCCCGUCGCCCUUCGAACGCCCUAUCUCCGCGUCAUCGGUCUCGAGAUCGACACCGACGGUAAGAGCGGAUCGCGCAACUUUACGGCCGAGGAGGAGGAAGAGUUUGGCGAGUUGGCUCGUUCCGACAACUUUUACGAACGCUUCGCGAGCAGCGUCGCGCCCAGUAUCUUUGGCAACGGAGGUCAGUGCUGCGCUGAUGUCCCAUCGGCUUCUUGGAUCGGCCACUGAUCAAUCUAGCCUCCCUCCCUCUUGUCAGACAUCAAAAAGGCCGUCGCGUGCCUCUUAUUCGGUGGAUCGAAGAAGGUCUUGCCUGACGGGAUGCGCCUGCGUGGUGAUAUCAACGUCCUCUUACUCGGUGACCCUGGUACAGCCAAGUCGCAGUUGCUCAAGUUCGUCGAGAAGGUCUCCCCGAUCGCGGUGUACACUUCGGGCAAGGGUUCUUCGGCUGCUGGUUUGACGGCUUCCGUUCAGCGCGAUCCCCAAUCGGUGAGUUCGGAUAGAAACAAGUCUCGAGAUGGUACAGGCCGUAGUGCUCAUGUUAUCGAUUUGGAUUCCCUCUGGUCUCAUAGCGUGAGUUUUAUCUCGAAGGUGGUGCCAUGGUCUUGGCCGACGGUGGUGUGGUCUGCAUCGACGAGUUUGACAAGAUGCGCGACGAGGAUCGCGUCGCGAUUCACGAAGCCAUGGAACAACAGACCAUCUCGAUCGCCAAAGCCGGUAUCACGACCAUUCUUAAUUCGCGAACGUCGGUGCUGGCCGCGGCGAACCCCGUCUUUGGUCGUUACGACGACAUGAAGACCCCGGGCGAGAACAUUGAUUUCCAAACGACCAUCUUGUCCCGUUUCGACAUGAUCUUCAUCGUCAAGGACGAGCACGACGAAAAUCGCGAUCGCACGAUCGCGCGCCACGUCAUGAACCUCCACAUGAACGUCGCGACCGAGUCCGCCGUCGUUGGUGAGAUCGACAUUGACAAGAUGAAGCGUUUCGUCGGGUAUUGCAAGUCGCGUUGCGCGCCUCGACUUUCUCGUACGGCCGCGGAAAAGUUGUCGUCGCACUUCGUCGCGUUGAGGAAACAAGUUCAACAAGUCGAGAGGGACAACAACGAACGCUCUUCGAUCCCCAUCACCGUCCGUCAAUUGGAGGCCAUCAUUCGUAUCUCCGAAUCAUUGGCCAAGAUGACUUUGGCAACUCAAGUGCAAGAACACCAUGUCGACGAGGCGAUCCGGUUGUUCAAGUUCUCGACUAUGGAUGCCGUUCAGGCGGGUAACGUCGAAGGUAUGAACAGGGGUGAUUUGAUGGAGGAGAUCAACAAGGUCGAGAGUGAUAUCAGGAGGCGGUUGCCGAUCGGGUGGAGCACGAGUUACGCCAGUUUGGUGCGCGAGUUCGUCACGCAGCAAGGGUGAGUCAAGCAGAUCACGAAGCAUUCGGAACAUUUGGACCUAGGCUGAUGAGUGUGCGCUUUGCUUGUUCAGGUAUACGCAACAUGCGCUCGAGAGGACGCUGUACAUCCUUGAGCGAAGAGAAGUGAUUCGCUUCUCGGGAGGAAAGAAGACGGUCCAUCGUAUCGGUGUCGUGAGUUUGUUUGUACUCUCGCUACAAGCAGGUUGCCACAGGUUGCUGACCUUAACCUGCCUUCUAUUGCGAACAGUGA